GUAUGAUGGUGGUGCCUGUUGACGUGGCGUGGCCCCAGGAGCGCAUAAAGCAAGCAGCAUUGGAUUCGGAUGUGGCUGUUGCGCUCGUGGAACCCUCCUCUCUGUCCCUGCUGCCGGAGCUUCCGUGUCCGAGCCUGGUCGUGGAUGCAGCCUUCUAUGAGAAGUAUGCAGCGGAGCCCGAGCUCUGUCAGAUGAAGGAGGAAGACGCAGCACUGGUGCUCUUCACUAGUGGCUCCACCGGCAAGCCGAAGGGCAUCGUCCUCUCCCACGGUUACGUGACGGCGCUCGUGGCUGGCAUCGUGGAGUCGAAGCGAAUGUCCCAAGCCACGAAGACGUUGUGCUAUCACUCCCCGACCUGGAUGCCGUUCUUGGACAACCUCUUUGGUCCCCUGCUGGCUGGAGGCACAUGCCUUUACUUCCCAGACAACGAGAAGCACAUCGUGAUGCCCUCA